AUGGCCGAGCCAGCACGCAGAGUCGGACCGAUGGACAACGCGCACGCGCAGGACUGGUCUGUGCUUGAUCUCGGACACGCGCAAGUCAGCCAGCGCACAAUCUACCUCGUCGAUCUCAAGGUUGACGUGUGGGGAGUGGACGAGAUCGCCGGCAGCCCUCUCCCAGUGACAUGUAUCAUCCUUGCGCACGGCUGGGCGAACAAGGCCAAGGACAUGGAACCGAUGGCCGCGGGCCUGCUGGGCGAGUUCCGAAGAUUGGAAGCCGAGUCGGGAGGACGGAAGCGGGACGUGAUCGUCGCGACGCUCGACCAGCGGAACCACGGCGAGCGCCGCGUCAACAAGAGCCUGCAGUCGUUCCAGAAGAACCCGAGGCAGUUUGGCAUCGACAUGUCGACGGCGCUCGUAGGGGGCAAGCAGGACCACGAGCUCAUCAUGCAGUUCCUCUCGGGUCGGCUGUGGGCUGACGGCUCGCGGGUGAUCUCGGAGUGGAUCUCAGUCGGCUUCAGCAUGGGCGGGCACCUGUGCUGGCGCCUGCUGCGCGAGUGUCCGCAAGUCAAGCUCGGCAUCCCCAUCUGCUCCACGCCCUCCGAGUCGCUCGGCAAUCUGCUCCGCGCAAAGGUCCUGCCCCCCAAUGCGCCAGAAGUGACGCAACCACCCGAAGUCGUGCACUACUUUUCCCAGUCGCACCACGAACCCAACCACUGGGAGCGAUACAAGGGCAAGAAGAUCCUCGCCGUGCACGGGCAGCUCGACAACGUCAUGCCGUUCCGCCUGGGUGCGGAGAAUUGGGAGAAACUCGCGCCCCACACGGCUGCGGCGGAGCGGUAUGAGGAGCCAGGAAGAGGACACGUCUGUUCCCCGCCCAUGGUCCGUCGCGCGGCCGAGUUCAUCUGGAAGCACUCCGUGUCGCAAUAG